AUGAUAGGUGCGGACUUAUCUGGUGUCGUCCGAACAAAUGUAAUUAAAAUACAUAACGAGGAACAGAAUAAUGUAUAUGUGCAAUUAAAUACUAAGGAAAAGCAAGACAUUUUAAAAAAUCGUUCAUCUUUGAAACCUAUUAUUCAGACUAUUCGAUUGUGCAGAAGGCAACCGAUUGCAUUAAGAGGGCAUGCAGACUCUGGACGAAUUGAAAUUAAUGAACCUACUGAGAAUGAUGGACAUUUUCGUUGUCUCCUACGAUUUAAAGCCAAUAAUGGUGAUAUAGUUUUAAAAGAGCAUCUAGAAAUGAGUGAUUUGAAUGCUAUGUAUACAAGUCCUCAAAUCCAAAAUGAAAUAAUUACUAUUUUUGGAGAACUAAUUCAAUCUGAAAUAGUUAAACAAAUAUCAAAAUCCAGUUUUUUUUCUGUUCUCGCCGACGAGACAACUGAUAUUAGUCAAAUUGAACAAUUUUCAGUUAGCAUAAGAUACUUAGAUGAAGAAUCAAUGAUAGUUCGGGAAAACUUUUCAGCAUUUAUUCCUGUUCAGGAUGUAACAGGAGAAGGUUUAACUAACACUUUACUAGAAACAUUGAAAAACCUUCGUUUAAAUUUAGAAAAAAUGCGUGGUCAAGGCUAUGAUGGGGCGGCGACCAUGUCGGGUGCUUUUAAUGGUGUACAGGUAAUUGUGAGAAAAAAAUAUCCUAAAGCGUUAUACACUCAUUGCAUAUCGCAUUCUUUGAAUCUUUGUUUGUCUGACGCUUCUAAGGCUCAAGAUAUUCGAAAUGCUUUUGGAACUGUAUCAGAAUGUUGUGCAUUUUUUCACUACUCCGCAAAAAGAACCCACAUUUUAAAAGAAAAAGUUUUAGAAAUUAAUCCAAAAACUCAGGCACAUAAACUUAAAUCACAGUAUGCAUCCAUUAUUUGGUCAUCAGACAACAUAGGAGUUAAUCAUAAUCUCGAAGCUAUUCAAAAUCGUUUUCUUCGCUCUCUAGCAUUUAAGUUGAAAAUCGAACGUCUACUACAUUCAAAUUAUAACGGAGUAUUAUCCUACUUCAAUAUAGAAUCGUUAAAUACAGGAAGAAGUAACCUCCAUUAUUCAUUUUUAUUAAAACUAUUAAACAACUCAAUAGAUUGCCCUUAUUUACUGUAA